AUGGGGGCCAGCACCCUCACCAGCGGCAAACACGAGCGCGUCGACGCCAUCGACGGCGCCUACGUCGCCACCAUCACCUUCACGAGCCGACCCUGCGCGACGGAGGCCAUGGCGCUCGCCGCCGCGCGCCAGCUCGCCGCGCCGCAGCACGCAGCGACCGACGUCGACAUGGCGCCGCCGGCGCAGAAGAAGCGCAAGCGGACGGCGGACCACGACCCCAUGGACUUCGCGGACAGCGCGGCGCUGCUCCGCGAGUACGCGCACCGCCAGGGCAAAAGCCUCGCCUUCGACUUCUCGCACAAGGAGGGCGUGGGCCACAAGUGCGUCGCGACCGUCGGCGGCGUCAAGCACUGGGGCGCCGCGAAGCAGUCCAAGGCCUCGGCGCAGCUCGACGCCGCCGACGAGUUCUUCGCGUCGCUGAGCGGCUGCGAGCCGCGGUCCGCGGAUCCGCUCGUCGCGUCGUGGCGCGCGCGAUUCUCGAAGGACCUCGCCGACGUCACCGCGCGCUGCGGCCUCGCGGACCGCUUCGCCUGGCGCCGCGGCGGCCUGCCGCCCGCGGUGGAGGACGCGCACACGCGCGCGUUCCUCCACUUCGCCUGGCGCCGCGGCGACGACGCGCCCAAGGACGCGGUCGAGUGCUUCAGCGCGAUGCGCAACUACCUCCGGACGUCGCGCGAGGACGGCAUGGCGAAGAAGCGCGCCGCGCCCGACGUGGGCCUGACGGCCGCCGAGUGCCGCGCGCUCCUCGCGACGCACGUGUCGGGCAAGUUCGCGUCCGUCCUCGGCCGCGUCGCGCGCGUCGCCGUGGCCCAGGGGUCCCAGGCGGGGCCCGACGGCGCACCGUGGUCGUCGGGCGGCCUCGACGGCAAGAAGAACACGCUCGGCGACCACGAGUGGGGCCUCUUCGCCGUCCUCGACGACGGCUCGGGCGUCGAGUUCUCCUACAAGAAGCUCAAGUGGCCGGGGAGCUAA